UACACAGACUUGUGGCUGCACAUCGGCGGCGCGCAACAGAAGCGGACGCUGCGCACAACGCAAUGAUGAAGCUGUGCUCGGGGAUGAUGCGCUUCCACUGGGUGCUCUUCUUCAGCGCGUAUUUGCGGAUGGUGAGCGCGGACUGUGGCUCUGAUUGCGCCUUCUGCUCUGGGCACCUGCUCCUGCAACAAACACACGCCAACUCUAUAGAAUGUGUGUUGCAGUGUGAAGGUCAUCUUUCCACUGGUGGCUCUUGGGGUAUAUGUCAAGAAUUCCUGCAGACAACUGAAAGCAUGCCUGAAACAGGGCAAGCGUCCACACAAAGCUAUAGCCUACCCCAAGAACACCAUGAAGAGAAAAAAUAUGGUGGCUUCAUGAAGCGAUACGGAGGUUUCAUGAAGCGUUACGGAGGCUUCAUGAAACGGUACGGAGGCUUUAUGAAAAAAGCAGCAGAGAUUUAUGAGCCACAGCCUGAUGACGUAGACCGAGGCAGAGAAAUCCUGUCUAAGAGUGACAUGGAGAUGCUGGCCAAUCUGGUUGAAGAUGAUGCAGAGAAGGAAGGACUUGCAGUGAAGGACAUGAAUAAUGCAAAGGGAGAGGUUGAUGAGUUAGAGAGUGUGGUAAAACGCUAUGGUGGCUUCAUGAGACGUGGUUACGACUCAGGGGGUGGGUUAAAGCCACUACAGAAGCGCUAUGGUGGGUUCAUGCGGCGGGUGGGGAGGCCAGAUUGGUGGGAGGAGCCUAACCUUUACAGAGGUGUCUAUAAACGUUCGCCACAGGAGCAAGAAGAGCAAGAGAAGCCAUCAGAUAUGGAAAAGAAAUAUGGGGGUUUCCUGGAAUACUGAUAUCCUUGCUUACUGUGGUUAGCUGUUGAUAUUUCUGUUCUAUUUCCAUUCACCUGUUAUUUGUUAAAGGUUCUUUGUAAUCUUGGCAGGAAAAAUAUCACAUGCUUAUAAUGCACUUGUGCUGACACCGCUUGUACAAUUUGUUUGUGAUAUCUUUGCAGUGCUAACAUUCAGAAUGUAAAAAAAAACUCUCUCAAAGGUAUAUUGUGGCUAAUGGAAUUCAUGUUUCAUAGAUGAAAGCAUGUGUAGCAGAAUCAGACAACAGAUCAAUUACAAAGUUUUAUUACUUACACUUGUAUGUCUUACCUUCAUUUGUCCCUUUUUCCUAUUUCCUUGGCUGCACUACAAAUAAAGAUCUUGAUACCAAACUUACUUCCAAUUUACCACAGCAGCAGAAUUUGUGGCAUGAAAGUUUUUUUUUAUAACCACAGUAAAGUGAUUUCCACACGCAGCAGUGUUUCUUAUAGUGGGUUGUUCUGUUGACUGUCUAAAUUUGUUAUAUGCUGUACAGCUUAAAUAAAC